CAAAACAGUGGCCUCAGUGGGGGUUUUUUGUAAUCUAUCAUUUUAAGUUUUAGGUACGUUAAAUUUAAAUCGGCCGAGACUAGAAUCUAGAUCUAGAUCUAGAUCUAGUAAUGUGAAUAAAGGACAUGAACAAAAAAUAUUCAAUUAAUAUACAAUCAAGGUUUUAAUUAGACCCAUUACUUGAGAGUUAGUUCUUUACUUUUGUGGGUUGAAAUUCAAGGCAGAUCAGUUGCUCCACACACAUGAAGUCGAUGUGCAUUAAAAGUAGCUUGACAGUAACAAUCAAUUCCUUAAAUUUUAAAAAUACUAAAAUGGAAUCUGUAGAAAUAAUUGAUUUUUUCAAGCCUCUUGAGGAUGCUAAAAAUUUAUAUAUAACUAAUAUAACUAUAACUUCUAAAAACAGUCUUAUAUUGGAGGACUCUGUUAUUGACAUUAAGAAUAAACUUCUAGAAAUAUUUUCAAAAUUUGGAUUGAUAUAUGAAGUUCAGGUUAUGAACAUUGAUGUUUCUAAAUCAUUUGUGGACAUCAUGAAAGAAAGUAAAGAGAGUUACCAUACUGUCAAUACAUCAGAAGAGAAUCUUAAUUUCUAUGCCUUUGUGAAAUUUUAUUCAUCCAUGUCAGCAUCAAAAGCUAAAAGAUCUCUGCAUCUUACCAACUUCAUUGGAACAGGGAGUUGCAAGGUACAGUUUGCUAAACGUAAAAAGUCAUUAGAAAAAGAUAAACAAGAGUUGUAUGUCACACAAUGCCAAGAUCUGGCCAACUAUUACUUUGGAUUUAAUGGGUGGUCAUCAAGUGUUAAACAUAUAAAAAAGGAAAGUUUGAAACCAAAUCUAGAUGAAAGUGAAGAAAGUUGUUGUUUCCAGUGUGUUGUAAUUCUUCAUAUUCAUCAGUAUGACCUAAAUAUAACAGGCUUGGGAAUUUCAGAAGCAAGAUAUGCCAUCUCUUCCAAUACAGGUAAAAUUGAAGCAUUUCAUAGGUGUAAAAAAAGAGCUUACCAAUAUGCAUUGCAAAAUGCUUUCUCUAAAGUAUUGUUGGUUGUGUUAAGCAAUGGAAAAGUGUUUGCAGAAAUUAACACAAACAUUAUGGAAUCUCAAGGUGAAUUGAAGCUGGACAACAAUUAUUUAACAGUAAAUGAGUUGGAAGAAGAACCCAAGGAAGAAAGUGGCCCAGAGGAUAUUGAUACACUAAACGUGGAUAUAUUGUCAGAGCUCCAGCAAGAUGCUAGCUAGUGUUCUAUACGUUCAAAAUAUACAGCUGUUUUUGUGAUAUUUUUGUGAUAUUAAAGAUUGAUAUAAUUACUGUUAAAGUGUUAUCUAUGCCAUAAAGCCCAAAUGAACUGUUUAUCUGUUUGUGGAACACUUACCUUACAGUAAAAAAAACUCCACUUAUUAAUCACCAUUGUGCAAUAUUGUUAAGAUUUUAAUUUUUGUACUUAAAAACUUACAUUGAUGUCAAGAAAACUCAAUAUUUGUCAUUUCUAAUAAGUU